AUGUGUCCUUGUAGGAAAGUGGUAGGUUUGGCGUUAGUUUGUGCGUCCGCUGUGUUGGCCACGUGCGCGGCGGCUGUGCGAGUGAAGCAGCUCAGUAACCGUCUUGUGGACACAAAAUACGGCAGAAUCCGUGGCAUGUUUUGGGAUUUCCAGGAGCCUAAUAUGCUGCCUGUGGAGGUGUAUUACGGAAUACAAUACGGUUCUAUCAUGAAGGGCAGCCUGAGGUUCAUGCCUCCUACAGGCCCCACGGAGACGUGGGACGGCAAUCUGGUGGCCUUGAAGCAGAAACCCUCCUGUCCCCAGAAGGUGUUGGACGAGGUGGAGUUAGAGAGACUUCUACCCUUGUCCCUAGCUGAGGAAAGGGCGGCCUUUACAGAGUACAGUCGAGAUCAGGACGAGGAUUGCCUCAACCUUAACCUCUACAUCCCUGUCAAAGAUUCCAACUCCACUCUUCCACAUAAAAUACCGGUUAUGGUUUUCAUUCACGGAUACUCAUUCGACAGCGGAAGUGGAAAUGCUUACGAUGGCAGCGUGCUGGCCAGCUAUGGGAAAAUCAUAGUGGUCACUUUGAAUUAUCGUCUGGGUAUAUUUGGUAAGCAAAAACUUUUCCUCGUGGAUAGAUUAGCGGUAUAG